AUGUCGCUGUUAGACUCCGGUUGGGUCACUGUCCAAGAGAAAACCUUCAGGAAAUGGCUAAACACAAAGCUCGUGACACGGGAGCUUAGACCAGCUGAAUCGUUAAAAACCGAUCUUUCCGAUGGUGUCCUCCUUAUUCAUCUUCUUGAAAUCCUUGCGAACGAAUCUCUCGGACGAUAUGCCUUAAAGCCGAUUAUGCGAGUUCAGAAGGCCGAAAACGUUCUCAAAGCGCUAGACUAUAUUAAGCUGAGAGGAAUUCAGUUAUUCAACAUUGGUGCAGAAGAUAUCGUUGACGGGAACCUCAAACUUAUCUUGGGUUUGCUUUGGACUUUGAUUACGAAAUUUACCAUCAGCGAUAUUAGUCAAGAAGGUUUAACUGCAAAGGAGGGUUUACUGUUAUGGUGCCAGAGAAAGACUGCUUGCUACGAUGAAGUCGACAUUCGCGACUUCUCAAGCAGCUGGAAUGACGGUUUGGCCUUUUGUGCCUUACUCGAUAUUCACCGACCUGACCUUAUCGACUAUGAUACUCUCGACAAGGACGAUCAUAAGGGCAACAUGGCCUUAGCCUUCAAGAUUGCGACUGAAGAAAUUGGUAUCCCAGCUCUUAUUGACGUCGAAGAUAUCUGCGACAUCAACCGACCUGACGAACGUUCCAUCAUGACUUACAUCGCCUAUUGGUUCCACGCAUUCAGCCACCUCGACAAAAUCGAAAAUGCCGGACGUCGCGUUGAAAAAUUCGUUGCUCAUAUGCAAGGCGCCUGGGAUAUGCAGCACGCCUUCGAACAGCGCAUGGAGAAGAUCCUUGCCGAAAUUCGAAACAUGCAAGACAUCUGGGAAUCGUCUAAGUUUAAGGGAACAUAUGCCGAUGCAAAGGAGGCUCUUGCCCAACUGAACAGCUUCAAGAGGUCUUCGAAGAGGGCUUGGGUCAGUGAGAAAGCCGAGUUGGUCUCAUUGCUGGGCAAUAUCAAAACCAAGCUGGCAACCUACAAAUUGAAGGACUACAACCCACCACCGCAUCUGACACUCGGUGUCCUCGACCAGGAGUGGAACACUCUCCUCGUGGGCGAGAAACAGCGCAGCGUACAGAUCAAUGAGCAGAUACGGAUAAUCAAGGAGAACCUUCGCCGAUCUUUCGCUAAUAAGGCUAACGAAUUUGCCCUGGUGCUAAACACCACACAAUUAGAGCUGAGUGAGCUGGAAGGUGAUCCUCAGAACCAACUCCGCCGCGUCCGUAAUCUUAACGAUAACUUACGUAAGAUCCGUAAGGAGCUUGAUGUUUUGAAAUCCAUCGCCAAACAGUGCGAGCAAGCUCACAUUGAAGAAAACGACUACACUGUAUACUCCUACGACGAACUUGAAUACGAAUACGGUCUCGCAACCUCUUCCACUUCCAAGAAGCUUGCCUUCCUUGAAAACCAAAUUGUCGCCCGAAAUAUGACAAACUUGACGCCAAUACAGCUCGAGGAGUUCGAGAGCGUGUUUCGUCAUUUCGAUCGGGACGGCAGCAACAGUUUACAGGAAAUCGAGUUCUCGGCUGCUCUCGCUAGUUUGGGAUUAGUCUACGAUGAGGAUACGAUGCACGAUACAUUCUUAGAAGUGAGCACAGGAAGCCGUAGUGUGAGCUUUGAGCAGUUUAUUCGAUUCAUGGUUAGUGUUACGGAGGAUCAACAGAGUGCAGAGCAGGUGUUCCAGAGCUUUAAGGAAGUUGCCGAUGGAAAGCAAUAUGUUACUGAGGUUGAUCUACGACACUCCUUGAUUCCCGAUCACAUGGUCGACCAAUUGAUCAAGGAGAUGCCCAUCCACAAGGGCCCCCUUCAAGAGGAAGACCAGGAACUAGAGGGAUACGACUACAUCUCAUACAUGGAACGAUUGAUUGGGCACAUGAAUGCCAACGGCUUUCAUUACGAAUAA